AUGGCAUCGCGAUACCAGUUUCUACCUGCGAAGGUCAGCAAUCCUAACAGACGGCUGUUUUCGGACUGCAACACGGCGCAAAAAUCGACAAAAAUCGCAGCUCGAAUCUUCGAUUAUGUGAGGGUUUGCCUCUCGAACAACUUGAAAGAGUUCCAUGAUCUUCUCAAUCACCAUCGCGCACCCCUCACAAACAUCUUCACGCCCGUAACCCCAUGUCGCAGGAAAUUCUUGAUCCUCUCCAUCCUCUACAUUCUCCACCUUUUCCACAACAAAGGUCUCGUCAUCCAUGCUUGGGGAAAAUCGAUCAAAGGCUAUAUCCUCGUAUCCGGAUCCGCUCCAGGUCUAGGUCCAGGUUUAGAGAGGUGGAAGAAAGACGAUACAAGGGAAUAG